GUGCUACAGGCAGUCGAGGAGGGACGACGUGGCCACGUGAUGGGCAGGGUCCAGGGCUGGGGGUUGCUGGGGCCUGCUCCAGCCUCUACUGCUCCCUGGUUCCGCGGAGUCUUCUAGAGGAGGGUGCCCUGACAGGGUGAGCCCACGACCCUCCACAGGGCCCUGGCCCCGUCCUUGUCACAGGGGGCACAGUGUUGGAGGGGGGCUGGCCCCAGUGUGGUGUCGUCUGACAGACGAGGCCAGCGUUCUUGCUCCACUGGCCACUGCAAGGAGCGCUCUGAGAAAACCAGACGUGCCUUGGGGGCUUCGUGGUCAAUGGAAGCGGGGGCCCAGGCUGCGCUUAACAGGCCUGGGUCAUGCUGGGGCAGUGGCCAGGCCCACGUCUCCUCCCUGCAGUCUCGGCUCUGCACACGGUGGGGGCAUCUGGGGCCCUGCGCCGGCCCGGGAAGGGGGACAAGCACGCUGACCAGAGGCGCUGUCUGAGCCCGGGCGGACAAAGGCAUCGGGAUAAGCUGUGGCCCGUUUGCACAACAGGGCAGUGGGGAGAGGAAGGAAGGGGCCCGGGAGGCCCUCCCUGCCCUGAAGGGAGGCGCUCUCACGUCCAUCAGCACCCCCUCACGCCGCGGGACGUGGGCUCAGGUGAAGCCAGCUGCUAGCCACAAUGAGGCGUUUCUGGUGCCCAGGCGAGUCUCCCAGGCCUCCUGGUGCAGGAAGCUGCAGGAAGGAAUGCGUUGCCCCUCACGCCCCGCCCACCCGGAGCUGGUCUCCAAGGCCUGGACGUCUACUUAGAUAACUGGCCAGGCUCCUCAGAAGGCGAAGCUGCGGAGCACCUGGGAUAGGCCGCACACUGAACCUAGGGGACCUGACAGGCCAGACACCCAGGACCCAAGGAGGUAACCUGAGACCUUGCUGAGCCCAAAAAAGCCACUGCCCUUUAGAGCCAGCUGGGUGUGAGCAGGCCAGGCCUGAGCGGGAAGCAGGGAGGAAGGGCUGCAGCUGCUGGUCCGCCCAGACCCUCCAUCCCGGGCCCAGGUGAGGGGCGCAGGGACGCACGACCCGCCCUCCUGGCCAUGGGUGGUGCCGUGGUCGAUGAGGGCCCCACGGGCAUCAGGGCCCCUGACGGCGGCUGGGGCUGGGCCGUCCUCUUCGGCUGCUUCGUCAUCACGGGCUUCUCCUACGCCUUCCCCAAGGCGGUCAGCGUCUUCUUCAAGGAACUCAUGCGUGAGUUUGGUAUCGGCUACAGUGACACGGCUUGGAUCUCUUCCAUCCUGCUGGCCAUGUUGUAUGGGACAGGCCCACUCUGCAGUGUGUGCGUGAACCGCUUUGGCUGCCGGCCUGUCAUGCUCAUGGGUGGCCUCUUGGCGUCCCUGGGCAUGGUGGCCGCGUCCUUCUGCAGAAGCAUCAUCCAGCUCUACCUCACCACAGGGGUCAUCACCGGCUUGGGCUUGGCGCUCAACUUCCAGCCGUCACUCAUCAUGCUCAACCGCUACUUUAACAAGAGGCGCCCCAUGGCCAACGGGCUGGCGGCCGCGGGCAGCCCUGUGUUCCUGUGUGCCUUGUCCCCGCUGGGGCAGCUGCUGCAGGACCACUAUGGCUGGCGGGGAGGCUUCCUCAUCUUGGGGGGCCUUCUGCUCAACUGCUGCGUGUGCGCCGCGCUCAUGAGGCCCCUGGAGGCGCCGGUGCCCGGGUCGGGGCCCGUGCCCCAGCGGCCGUCCCGGCGGCUGCUGGACCUGAGCGUCUUCAGGGACCGUGGCUUCCUCAUCUACGCGGUGGCCGCCUCCAUCAUGGUGCUGGGGCUCUUUGUGCCUCCCGUGUUUGUGGUGAGCUACGCCAAGGACCUGGGUGUGCCCGACACGCAGGCUGCCUUCCUGCUCACCGUGCUGGGCUUCAUCGACAUCUUCGCCCGGCCCACUGCUGGCUUCAUCACGGGCCUUAAAAAGGUGCGGCCCUACUCCGUCUACCUCUUCAGCUUCUCCAUGUUCUUCAAUGGCUUCACGGACCUCACCGGAUCCACAGCCAGCGACUACGGAGGCCUGGUGGUCUUCUGCAUCUUCUUCGGCAUCUCCUACGGCAUGGUGGGGGCCUUGCAGUUUGAGGUACUCAUGGCGAUCGUGGGCACCCAGAAGUUCUCGAGCGCCAUUGGCCUUGUGCUGCUGCUGGAGGCCAUCGCCGUGCUCAUUGGGCCGCCAUCGGGAGGCAAGCUCUUGGAUGCGACGCACGUCUACCAGUACGUGUUUAUCCUGGCGGGGGCCGAGGUGCUGACUGCCUCCCUCGUGCUGGUGCUGGGCAACUUCUUGUGCAUUAGGAAGAGGCCCGAGGUGGUGGCGGCGGUGGCGGAGGAGGAGCAGUGCCACAAGCCCCCUGCGGACGUGAGGGUGGACUCUCGGGAGGUAGAGCACUUCCUGAAAGCAGAGCCUGAGAAAAACGGGGAGGUCAUUCACACCCCGGAGACGAGCGUCUGAGCCGAGGCGGCCAGUGGGGGCUCACGGAACCGGACAGACACUUCCAACGCUUGUGUUUAUUUCACAAACAGGACGAGCUGGGGCGGGGCCAUCCGUGUUUCUCUGGGGAGGCGGUGGGGUGGGAACCGUGUCAUUCCAAAGCAGGUCUGUGGUGAAGCCGCGCCGCGAGGUUACGAGCCGUCUGCACCAGGGACCCAGCCUGCUGACCCCAGAGCAGCCCGGUGCCCACCGCUGAGCUCAGGGACCUGGAAACCCACGCUUCAGAGACAACACGCCCGGAAUCAGGGGGGCUGGGGAGGGCCAGUGGAGCAGCACCGCCUCCCCACAUGCUGGCUGCGCCCCGUCCCACCCCGUCUCCACUGCGGCGCCCCAGCCCACCCCUCACGGGGUGUAUAGGGCACAAGACUCCCUUCCUUCACCCCUGAAAUAAACCUGCGUGUGGGAGGAGCCACCUUGGAAGGAACAUCUUCAAGGAGCUGGCAGGGGGGCGCGGGGGGGUGUCUGACCGUUCACUCCAAACUCACUUCUGCCAGACAACCUGGUCAUUUCUACAAAGUGGCUCUGGGCCGGGUCAGCCUCCUAAGCGCUGCUGGUUCUGGACCCUUCUCUGCGGGGACCCCGACGGCUCAGAGUGUCCUCACAGGGCCCUGCUGCAGGGGUGGGGCAUGCCCGGGAACCCCUACGGGUGUGUGCACUUAAGCUGAGACAUAUGUGUGAUUCUUGUUCACUGUGUGUGUGUGUUUAAAGAAAAUGAUCUUCCUGCCUUCCAUUUA